UACUAGAGUGCUGCAAACUGCCUGGGAUCUGAACAUGUAUGCUCAAGGGAUCCUCAAACUGGUGCUGCUGCUGGCUGCUUCGCUUCUGAGUCUGCUGCCAGCGCUUCCACCUACUUUCUCCCUGUCCCUGCGGAGCGCCUCUACCAGUGCUUCCUCAUGCCAACUCUCUCAGGCUGAGUCAGAGCUCAGGUGUCAUACAUCAGGAGGGAAGCUAUGCAAUGGCAGAGGCCAGUGUAAUUGUGGUGUCUGCAUCUGCCGAGUGACUGAGCCAGGCAAAUACUAUGGACCCCUGUGUGAGUGCCACGACUGGGUGUGUGACACUUAUGAUGGCAAGAUUUGUGCAGAUUCUGAAGAUUUUCUUUAAAACUGGAGAUCAAGAUGGGAGAAAAGAACAUGGGGAAGAAAUGUCAUCUUAUUGCAUUCCUUAGGUAGUGUGGCCUGGGGCUUGAUGAGAGAGGACAGAAUGAUACUUCAUUUCAAGUGUCCCUGACUAAACAUCUUUACCAGACUCACAUAAACGUGUCAUCUUUUCAGGCCAAAACCCACAAUUAGGUCAGUGGGAAUGUUAGAGGAACUCCGUUAGUAACAGGAUAAUAGAAAUGCAUUCCAGCAGAGGGUUUGGCAAAUUUUGUAGGAAAAAAUAGCAACUUAUUUUAGUAACAAUGUAACCAAGAAAAAGAAGUCCAAUAAUAACACAAAAAGAUCAAGAGUAGGUUUCUAAGAAAAAUGUUUGUACUUGGCACCUAAAACCUGGGAGCUCUAAGGAGAAACUACUUUGUGUGUACCCUGCUGAGCAGUGCAAGACUAGUUAUGCAAAUAAUUUAGUGGAGCAUAUAUAUACUUUAGU